GCGAGCGGAGUCGAGCGGAGCCUGCUCAGUGCAGAAUGGCGGCUCUUUUGGAAACCGUGCUUCUGGGGAAAGUGGAGACGAGCAAGGCCGUGCAGUGGCUUAAAUACGGGCAGGAGGACGACGACGACGACUCGGAGGCCCUGGUGAAGCUCCAUGUGCCAAGACAAGACUUUGUGCCUUUCCUUUUGAACUUCCUUCGCGAGCAGAGCAGCCACGCCCUGACCAAUGGGCCCGCCACGCCGGCCAAGACCCCCAGCUCCAGGCCCUUGCGUGGCCCCGGCUUCUCCAGCGAGCGCCGGGGCUCCCGGGCGGGCAGCGGGGGGGCCGGGCACCGCAGCGCCAGCCGGGUCCAGCUCUUCUCGCCCGCCCCGUCCGUGUCGCCCGUGAGCGGGGCUGAAUUCGACGUGCCCUCCGGCUCCCAGUGCCUGAGCGGGAUCAGCACCCUCAGCAGCCCCUCGUUCGGCGGAGGCUGGAGCCCCGCCGUCAGGGCCCUGCCCCCGGAGCGGAGGUCCGCCCAGCGGGCCAGCCUGGGCGACUUCAUGCUGUCCCCGUCGGAGGCGGGCUCCCCCAGCCCCGUCCCGCAGCGCCGGGGCCGCAGGAGGAGCGGCGGGUCGGGGCCCCCUCAGGGCCGGCAGCCGGCGGGGAGGGGCGCGGGGGACGUGGGAAGGAGGGGCGGGGGUGGGGGUGGAGGUGGGGCGGGCGGCAGGUCGGACCCUGGCCUGACAUCCCCUCCUCCCCCCCCGCAGCUCAACUUCAACAACAUGGAGGACUUUCCCCCCGUCGGGGCGUCUCCCGUCUCGCCCAAGCAAAGCAAGCCCUCCCGCCGGAUCAACCCGACUCCGGUCAGUGCGGAGCGGCCCCUCUCCAAGCCCAAAAGCUGCUUCACCUCCACCCCCUUCUGCAAGCCCACCAGCCCUCCCGCUAUCCCAGAGGGCAACGGGGCGCUGCCCGCUCAGGCGUUCUCCGGAAGCCUGGAGGAAGAGAGGGAGCUCCUGAGGAGAGAGAAAUCCAAACUGGCCCAGCAGUCCUCCUCUCCUCUGCCCGUUGCCACGGACCCCUGCACCCCCACGAAACCCGGGGGCAGGGCUGGGUCCCGGCCCGUUUGUGACCCCCAGCUGUGCUCCCCUGACCCCUCCAAGGUGACGUGUUCCUCAGCCCUGGACCUGCUGGCACAGCUGUACUGCUCCUGCAUAUCCGAGAACCUGGUACCCAGCGUGUUCCUGGAGCUGUUCUUCGUGCUGCAGCUCCUGACGUCGCGAGCCGCGUCCGUGUCUGAGGAAGAGGAUGAGGAAGAGGGCAAAGGACCAAAGGAAGGAGGAGCAGUGGACGUGCUGGAGAAGCGAUAUUUCAGGAAUCUGCACAACUGUGUGUAUUUUGCAGUCCGGGUCCUGGAGAAUCAGUUUGAGCUGGUGUCUCACCUGGACAGGUGUACCCUGCGGCUCCUGGCGGAGAACGAGAGGGUGGGCUGUUUCUGCCCCUCCCUGAGAGAGCGCCUGGCCCAGGCUCAGGGGUCCAGCUCAGCCAAGGUGUCUCCCUCCAUGCCUCCCUUCAUCCAGUCCGUGCCUUUCCAGCCGGCCACUGAUAACCGCUCCAACUUCAGCAGUGACCGGGCCUUCCACACCUUCAAGAAGCAGAGGGACAUAUUCUACGAGCUCCUGCGGGAAUGGGAGGAUUGUCACCGCGAGCAGGGCUGGGAGUUUGAGCGAGCGCUGGGCUUCAGGGUCAGAGGGAUGGUGUGUCAGCUGACCACGGCGGGUAACCACGCCCACUUCGCACGGCUCUUCCAGAAGCAGCUGGUUCAGAUGUGUAAGGGCCCCCAGGUGCUGGGCUCCCCGGGCGACGCCCCGGACCCUGACCUGCUGGGCAUGCUGGGAGCGGACAGCCUGGGGCGGCUGAAGCGUCUGCAGGAGCGGCUGAUCCAGCCCCAGGGCCUGCUGGGGCCCUGCCCCCCGCCCUCCUUCCCCGGCCACCAGGAGUUCUUCAGGGACUUCCUGCAGUCAGCCAGCAGCUGCCAGCUGAACCAGCACCUGACAGACAGCCUGGGUCAGCAUCUCCUCCUGCUGGAUGAGGUGGCCAUCCUGGGGCCCGACGGAGCGCAGAGGGAGGGAGAGGGGGAGGGGGACAUGGAGCAGCAGGACGAGAAGCAGCGGUUCUCCUCCGUGCUCCUCACCGCGCGCCUCCUGGCCAAGUUCCUGGGGUUCAUCUCCUUCCUGCCCUACCGCACCUCCGAGCCCCCCGCCAGGGAGAUCCAGGAGGCCUCCCUCUGCCUCCGCAGCAAGACCUCUCCCGUUCUGGACGUCUGCGCAGUGCUGCGCAGCUGUGUGCGCAGACGGCGUACGGUGCUCACGGUACCCUGGGUAGUGGAGUUCCUCUCCAUGCUGGACUACAGCGGGCCCUAUCUGCAGUGCUACAGACGGGCCCUGAGCCUGCUGCUGCGUCUCUACAGGGGGAUGGUGCUGAGUCGGGACGGGGGCGAGAGCUCCCCCAGCCAGCCACGGGAUGGGGACGUCAGCUACCUGAACCAGCUGCUGAUCCUGGCCCUGCUGGGCUGGCUCUUCCAGAUCCCUGUGUUCCCUGAGGACCUCUUCUUCAGCAGUGAUCUGGAGGAGACUGAGAUGGUGGAGAAACCCGCUGCCUCCCAGGGGCUGGACUGUCUCCCCCUGGUGGACCAGCAGCUCCUCUACACCUGCUGCCCUUUCCUGAACGAGUUUCGCAAGCUGCUCGCCGCCUUCGUGGCAGGAAGCUCGUCCAAGAGCGGGGGCCUGAUCCGCAAGAUCACCCCGACCUCGGCCGAGCCCCGGGGACCCCCCGGCACAAAGGCACAGCAGAAGCUGCAGGUGGAGCUGGAGCAGGCCUUCUUCCACAACCAGCCACCGUCCCUGCGGCGCACCGUAGACUUUGUGGCUGAGAGGGUGGCGUCCAACUGUGUCAAACACAUCAAGGCCACACUGGUCUCAGAGCUGGUGCGCAGUGGGGAGCAGGCCCUGCGGCAGAAGCUGGGCUCAGAGGACUGCAGCGCUCUGAAGCUGAGUGACUCUGUGUGCGCACAGCUGUGUGACCGGGGCAGGCAGGCGCUGGAGCGCGGAACCAGGUUCUGCAGUGAGAAGGGCCCGGAGGCUGUCCGAGUCCUACUGCCUGAGGAGACCUCCCCCUCCGUUCUGACCACGUCAGAGAACAUCACCGUGCGUCUGGCCACGGAGAAAGCCUGUGAUUGGCUGUCCACCAACAUGACAGCCCUGAUUAAACGGGAGUGGAAGACAGCGUUUGAUCGCCUGAUGAAGACCCUUCCCACCUCUACCCCUGGGGAAGGGGAAGGGGUCACAGCGGGGGCCGUGAAACCACAGCCCCCUGCCCAAGGAGGGGACCCCAGCACCCUGUGCACCCAGGACUGCACCCACAACGCCCCUCUACCGUCUGACGUCAUCAUCGAGAUCAAGGAGGUUCUGAGCAUCAUCGUGGGCCCCAGGUCUGAGGGCGAGUGGCGGGGUGUUCAGCCCCUGGAGGAGCUGGUGCUGAGGCUGGGGCAGUCCCUGAGCUGCAGGAAGUUCCUGUCCCCGGUGUCGGAGCAGAUGCUGAUUCGCUGCAGCGUUCUGCUGGCCCACAGUCUGGUGUCCGCGGAGUUACCCCUGACCCCGCCAGCAGAGGGCGCCGGGGCCGAUGACUCCGGGGCAGGCGGGGGCUGUCCCACCCGGGCCCUCCUGCAGCAGCUGGUUGACCUGUGGGGGCGAGAGCAGGGUCCCCCGGCCCCACUCCACCUGCUGUUCAGAGACGCGUCCCUGGCUGCUGUCCUCCGCGCUACGGACACGCAGUGGCAGAACUUCCUCUUCCUGGUCCGGCAGCUACUGCAGAAGGAGCUGCUACGAGAGGAAGAGGUGUCAAAGCUGCCCUGGCCAACAGACUCCGUUGACAGGAUCCAGGAGUGGACCUCUGCCCUCUCUCAGCCCCUCCCCUCUCCUGCCCGCACAGAGACACUCUGCAGAGCUCAGAGUGACCAGCAGGGGGAGCACACUGACAGGGAGCAAGCGGUGGCCCCUCUCUGAACACUAGUCUCUGGAGAAAAACACCUGUGCUCUAACUCCAGAGCGGUGCCAUACUCCAGUCCUGGAGGGCAGCAGUGCAUGCUGGUGGUGAUUAAUUUAAGUCAUUGAUUGGCUAAAGAAUCCACACAUCUUGUUCUCCGGGUCUUAUUUGGCUGCUGGUUAAAAGGAGAGACCACAAAUACCUACAGACGCUGCAGCCCUCUUGGACUCUAAGGUGUACAUAUCCAAAUGACCCACUGAUGGGCGUUGUUAAGUGUUGAAUCGGCCUGUGCCAAAGUUGUGUCCCCCUCCGGUCCUUCAUUGUUGACACGUAUUUCUUGGUCUUCCUCACUUUACAGCGAAGGACCUGUAGUCUGAGAAUGUCCCCCUCUUAGUUAUUCCGUGUUGAGGUGAGAACAUAAACCAGAAAUUCUGGUAUACAGGAUUAACCCUUCUGCCAUAGACAGAGUGACCUUGGUGGGGCUUGCACUAUGAAUGAAAGCUGGAAUUUAGCCAGAUAAGGACUUGACAGAUUCAGCUUGUGAGUUGAUGAGAAAAGACAUAUGCACAUUUCCACUCUACACAGUUUAUACGGCACAUUGUUAUCUUACGUAUUGUUUGGAGAGUUGGAACAGUUUUUAAAAUUGUGUUUCUUCUGUUGCCUACCAAUUGUCAGUCUUGGUUUUGAGUUCUGAAUGUCUUGUCUAUGUGCAUAUCCCAUGAAUGCUUUUUGAAUGCAUUUGUGAUGGACAUUUGUAGUUCAUAUUGGACUUGUAAUUUGAAUACUACUUUUAAGCCUUUUUUUCGUAUACUGUGAUGAAUAAAUAAUAAAUAAACUGCUUAACAAGUAA